AUGAUUUUUGAUCUUUAACCACCAUCUCCAUCUCUCUCUCCUAAUUCUAGAAUUCAUUACUAUUAGGAAUAAUUAGAUAAGGCUCAUGAAAUUAUAGAUCAAUUAGAAAUUUUACUUUCAGAAAAAGAAAUACAAAAAUAAGAUCAACAUUUUUAUAGUCGUGUUCCAAUCCCUCCUCUCCAAUUCCAUUCUAAAUCUCCUAGUAUCAUUAGUCAAAGAUCAAAAAGUUAUGUAGCUACUCCUUAAUAAUAUUCUACUCCAAGAGAUCUCAGAAAUAAUAUGUCUAUGGUCAAUCAAAGUUCUGUCAAAUAUAUUGAGGAAAUGAAAACAAGGCAUACGGAACUAGUUUUACAAUUUUAAGAGGAUAGCACAGAGAAAGAGUAGAAGAAUAAAGAGAUCAAUGAUCAUAUCUAAGAACUAAAAACAGAAUUAAUUUAUUGUUAAGAAAAAUAAACUAUGACUAAAAAAGAAAAGAAAUAAUCCAUACAAUAAUUGGAAGUCCUCUAAAAUGAGAUUGAAAAUAUUGAAUCUUAAUUAAAUAAAUCUAGAGAAUAGGGAUUAUAAUUAUUACAGAAACUUUAAUAAUAUAAACAAGAUAUUUAAAAGAUUGAAUAAGAAUAAGAAAACACUUAAAAUGAUAAAUAAUCAUAUCCUUAAUUAGCCACUCCAGACCUUUUAAAAAAUAGAAAAUUUAAAAAUUCUACUAGUCACAAAAAACUUAUGUAAACCUUAUAAUAAGAAAUUGAAUUACUUGAAACUUAAAAAUAGCAUUAUUAUAACUAUUCUAUUUCAAAAUUCUAAGAAAAAUCAAUUGAUACUAAUCUAAUUAAUGAUGAGAUUGUAACUUCAUUAAAUAUCUAUGUUUUUAGAUUUAAAGUAAACAAAAUCCUAGGAUAUUCAAUCUAAGUGUAAACAAUGAUUCUGGUUUUAAAUUUAAUACUUAAGUAGAUCAUGAAAAUGAAUCAGUUAAGUCAUUUAAAAUAAACAAAUAGAAACCUAGAAGUUGUGAAUCAUGUAAAAUAUUCUGA